AUGGGAGACUUUCCACCGCCAAAGCGUACGAGCAUCAAAGCGUCUGAACUCGUACAUCGUGCAGUGGACAAGAGCUACGAGGAUUUCCGUACGCUCAUGCACCAGCUGCCUACAAUGCGCGAGGAGGAGCGACGCGAGCCAUUAUUGGGAAUUAUACAGAGUUCUCGCAAGCGUUUUGCGCAGUUACUAGCGGUGCUUAAGUGGUCGGUGCAGUCGCCGCUGCUACAGCAGUGUGAUUUAUUGUUGCAGCAAACGGAAGCGUACCGUAAUAACGUGAACGAGACCAAUGACCGACUAUUCUUCAUGCAUGCGGAUCUCAACCGAGCUAAGGAGCGGCGGUAUGAUCUUAGUACUGCUGUAGACGUUUUGUACGGUGGUAGCUAUCUACGGCUGCCAACUAUUAUCAAGAACGCUAUGUUCCCGCGUGAAAUGCCCAAAGUGGAUACGGAUCAGGCAGCGAUGGAGGUGUCCGACAUUAUCCGCUUCCGUCUCAUUGGGGAGGAGAUUCCAAAGCAGGUUUCGAACAUUAAACUGGAAGGGGGCUUUGUUACGUGCCAAGCUGAAGGAGAAUUUGAAAUUGUUUUGACCAUUCAGGGCAAAGAGAAUGAUGCUAAAUGGCGUGUUAUCAGUGUGAAUACAGCGCUUACCGAACCGAAAGCUUUUGCAGACCACUCGCAGGCAGCAUCCACUAGCGCUUUACGCAUUAUCCGCACGAAUUCACCAAAUGCAGCACACUACAAUCAUUUGAAGAACCUUGUGCAACGCACCAUGAAUAAGUCUGAGAAGCCAUUUGUGGAUGCUUUUGUGGUAAUGCGGGAAUUUUGCUCGUCACUUGCUUUGCAAAUUCUUGCGUCGCAAGGGAAAUUGCUUAUGGAAGGUCGCUGGAAGAAUCGCAUCAUGAUUAAACACCAUCGUGACCAGAAUGUUUUGGACUUAUGCUACUGGCCCAAGGCCUGUACGCGGAAAGAUGCACAAGCACUAACAGAACAACAGCGCCUGAUUCAACAACUAGGCGACCCAGUGACAACAGUUCAAAAUGGGCCUGCGCUGCCGUAUCCUAGAUCGAGCUUGUGUGUUCGACUGGGUUUCGAUCCGAACAAGAAAAAGCUUCUCUCUGCUAGUCUCAAUCCGUCGCUUCCGCCGAAUCUUCCUGAGUAUGCGUCAUUAUUAAGCGCAUUGGAGGUGCCAUCUAACAUCUUCAUGCUCAGUGCUGAGAAUCUGCUUAUCGCGGGCAUGCGUGCCCACGUUUCGGCAGCUCUUUUCUCAAUAGGUCGACUGCUUGUUGUCGAUUCUCCGAAUGAGAAGGCUUCAACACAACUUGUUUCUGGCGAAGAUGUUGCUAUGGUCUGCUCCGAUACGAGUUUACGAAUCGCACGGGCAGAUAUUGGUGGACUGCAGCAAUUUUUGGAGGUGACAUUUGACAUUCGCGAUGGUCGAUUUAUCGUGAACUCCGUCGCUGCCACGAAGCAUUCCGCGCUUUAUAACACGAUGAAACAAUUAGAGCAGGUAUUGGAUACGCGAUGCAAAAUCGAGCUUGGAGGUAAUAUGGACGAUUCGAUUCCGAGCGAUUUUGCUUUAGUUUCCGGUGAUGGAAAUGAUGACAAGUCAAAUGAUGUGAUACAUGGGUGCGUGCGUAAGGUUCUGUGCGAAAUCGUGGCUGACGAGAUAGCGCAAAUUGGCUCUUCAUUCAAGGGCAUUGAAGUAUUACGCAAGGUCAACUUGAACUGGGAGCGAUAUCUUGCUUUCCGGCAGCAGCACGGUGGGCAGACGGAAGAUUUAUCAAUCUCAGACACAGCGCUGUAUUUUCAGCUAACGUCAUCCAAGGAGUCUACAUGCUACCUAGUUAUUGAGAUUGAUAAGUAUGGUGAAGUAGAUGGAAUGAACGGAAAUGCACACGAAGCCACAGAAGCGGAAGAGUAUGUACGAUUGCCAUGUUUUUCGUUACUUCAGACGAGUGUAAGCUUGCCAGGACAGCCUUCUGGUGUACAAUUUAUUCAGCGAUUUGGCGCGUUCAAAAAGGCAGAUCUGCGUCCAUCUGUCACUCGCCACAACGAAAUAAUUGUCAGUGGUUUUCGUGGCAAUACUCGGAAGCGUCCAUACAGUUCGUAUGGCAAUGUUUUGAUUGGAAGUAAUAUGAGAUCAACCAAAAAGACGCUCCUUGAGAGUGGACGAGUACAAGAGAGCACAGGCUACUGGCUGGACGACGCCGAAAGUUGCGCAGUCUCUUGCAGGUUCGUUCCCCAUAUCGCGUCAGUACUGCUGCACGCGAUCAAUGCGUGCAGUGAGAGGAUUCAAUUGCAGCACUUUGUGAACUUUGCUCGGCGGCGCAAGUCCAGGAUUCGCUACUCUGGAGAAGCUGGUACUUUCAACGGAGAGGGCACAGGUGGUCAAGUAGUUACGCUUUCGUUCCCUGAGAAGGUAAACACGGAUCCAUUGAAGAUCAUAGCUAUCCAAGGUCACCUGAAACAAGGUGGAGGCUUUGAGUUGUGUCUUCAGAUGUCGUCAGUGCCAUUUAGGUUUAUCCUUCCGAAGAAACCAAAACAGCAUUUAUUAUCUGAGCGCUCGCACUAUGUUAAUGCACGAGGCCAACUGAUCUUCAAGUACCCAACAAUGUUGGUUACAAGUGAUCUUUUCAGUGAGAACCCGCUGGAAUUGUUCAUGGUUGAGCUGAUCUGUGUCGUUCGGCCACUCUGUGAACUUGCUGUAAAGUUGGAGAAAAUGAUGACCGUUGUAGGGCGCUACACUAAUGACAUUAAAAGCGAUGGACAUUUUUAUGUUGAGAGUGCCGACCCAUUUGCGAUUGUGCUGGCUUGCCGAGCACCAAAUCCAAGGCACUGUAUUGCUGCUGGGUCAUCGCCGGAUGGAAUGACGACAUACCGCGUUAUCGUGCAGUUCAAGCAGAAAAUGGGGUUUGUAGUUAACUACAGCCAUAAAGCCGAGCACCCGCUGAUGCACUUUAUCCAGUCAGCGCUGAAUGGACACAGUGACCCAGCACAGUUUGUAGAAGCGCUGGAGCGCACGUGCAUUCCCAUGGGAAUUUUAGCAAGUGUUGUAGAGUCACAGCUACUUUGCGCUAAAUAUUACCGGCAAGAUCCUGUGUCCAAUACGAAGGAAGAUACAGCCAAUGAAGGCCCAAAAGCUUUUGGCCGGGGCAAGAUGGGUGGCAAGGGAAUGAAGCUGGGCUACAAGUUUAAACUUCCUGGUGAAGAGAAGGGUUACUACGCUGAAAAGUCUUAUGGUGGCGAUGACAAGUCUUUUGUGCCUGCCGAGUUGGUAAUGAUCCCGCGGUCGCAAACUCAGGUCCGCCUAUCCUAUGGUGACCGCUGCGCCGUAGAUAUUUAUUUCCUGGAGAAUCGUUCGGUGAAGAUGCAGAGGGCUUUGGGAGGUGUACGCGUCCCGAGCUGUCCAUUUGAAAAGGGUAUCGUCGUGGAUCGUCAGAAUUUUGCUGAUAAGCUACGCAGCACGCUGUCGGAAAUGGCAUCAGUUUGA